UGGCAGCAAUGACGUCAUUGAGCAGGCAAGUGGGCUGAGCUGAGAAGGUAGCGAGCGAGGGAGCGAGAGAGAGGAGUUGCAGGGCCUGGAAAGAAGAGCUUUCGAAAAACGCAUUUUCUUUUUUUUUUUUUUUUUUUUUUUUUUAUAUAUUUUUUAUCACCACAUAAAAAAACAUAAAGUGAUAACCGUUUUAUCCAUCGUCCCUCCCCCCCUACCCCCGCGCUUGAUCUGACCAGUGAAUCCCGCGGAGUUAAAACAAGAAGGACUCCAUGAAAGAUGACAGAAGAAGUUAUUGUUAUAGCCAAGUGGGAUUACACAGCGCAACAGGACCAAGAACUUGACAUCAAGAAAAAUGAGAGGCUGUGGCUCCUCGACGACUCGAAAACGUGGUGGAGGGUAAGGAACACAUCCAAUAAGACGGGCUACGUGCCAUCAAACUACGUGGAGCGCAAGAACAGCUUGAAGAAAGGAUCCCUUGUAAAAAACCUUAAAGACACACUAGGCCUGGGCAAAACAAAGAGGAAGACAAGUGCGCGAGACGCAUCGCCCACCCCUAGCACAGAUGCAGAGUACCCGUCAAAUGGCAGCAGCGCAGCCCGAAUCUAUGACCUCAAUAUCCCCGCCUACGUGAAGUUCGCCUAUGUGGCGGAGCGGGAGGAUGAGCUGAGCCUGGUGAAGGGCACGCGGGUGGCAGUAAUGGAGAAGUGCAGCGACGGCUGGUGGCGUGGCAGCUACAGUGGACAAGUGGGCUGGUUCCCCUCCAACUAUGUAGUGGAGGAGGGGGAGGAGUCCACGGCUGACUCCCCUAGCUUCCUCACCUCCCGGCAGGGGGCCUCCUUCAGCAAUGGCCAGAGUACCAAGGUCCUCCACUUGGUCCAGACUUUGUACCCUUUUAGCUCUGUCACUGAGGAGGAGCUCAAUUUUGAAAAGGGGGAGAGCAUGGAGGUGAUUGAGAAGCCUGAGAAUGACCCUGAGUGGUGGAAAUGUAAAAACUCAAGAGGACAGAUAGGGCUGGUACCCAAAAACUAUGUGGUCAUUGUAAGCGAUGGCCCUGUUGUGAGUAGCUCUCACGCUCCUCAGAUAAGCUGCACUGGGCCCUCUCCCACGGGCAAGUUUGCAGGACAGGAUUGGUACUAUGGGAACGUGACGCGGCACCAAGCAGAAUGCGCCCUUAAUGAGAGAGGGGUAGAGGGGGACUUUCUCGUUCGGGAUAGCGAGUCAUCGCCUAGUGACUUUUCAGUAUCGCUGAAAGCUUCAGGAAAGAACAAGCAUUUCAAGGUGCAGCUAGCGGAAGGAGUGUACUGCAUCGGCCAACGCAAGUUUAGCUCCAUGGAUGAAUUGGUGGAACACUACAAAAAGGCUCCCAUCUUUACGAGUGAACACGGAGAUAAAUUAUACCUUAUUAAACCACUACAGUGACCCCGGCUCUGGUGUUGCCAAAGUCUGGCCUAUUACAACUAGAAGCCUUAGUUUUGGACAUUCACUUUUACAGAGCACAGCCAUUUCAAACACUUUAAUUAUAAUUUUUUUUUUAUUUUUAUUUAAGCUACAAAUUCUGGGUGACGUUGCUGUUGGCUGUUCUUGUUCCCCUUUAUUUGUUCAUAUGCCUGUUUGUCUUUCAGUUCUGUGGAAUGCAUUCAACCUUUCCCAAGGUUGAAAAUAAUAAAACUUCACUAAGUGACCAUUUUAAGCACUCGCUUUAUGCCUUGGCUGAAAGCUCCCCAACAAAUGUUUUGCUUUGUUAGAAAGUACUGAGAAGACAGGGCUACUUGCCAUUCUAUUGAAACAGUGUUAGUGCAAUUCUGAUCACUCACGUUUCCUUUAAAAACAGAAAGUAAUUGGGCACAGUCUGAAUGCACUGAAUCUGCAGCUUACAGAAAGAAAAGGAAAUUGCAGUAGGCUGAUCAGUUUUAACAGAAUUCUGUGGCUUUUGCUGAACAGGUAGCCAGUUACAAAUCCCCCUAGAAUCUAGAAGCACUCUCUAAAUUGUGUGCUCUUGUUAGUACAGUGAAGUGGAUGCUAAUUAAAACAAUAUUAUAAAACUGCUUUUCUGCAGGAAAAUUGUAGGGAAAAUUUAAUACAAAGAAAAAGUGUUUGUAAUCUGCAUCUGAGAGGCAUCUCUCAAAGUUAUCAUUUACAGUAGAAAGAAUGUUUUCUUAAUGUACAACCAAAUGUGCCACUCACAUAAUGCUUGUCUCUGCCCUACUGCUUGUUUAAAAAAUGAUUAUGUAUUUAAUUCUCAGAGUAAUAUGUAUCUGUAGCUGAGUGUGGAGGCUAAUACAUAAGAUCAAUACAAAAUAUAUAUUUGGAUUAUAAUUUGCAUUGGAAAUGUAUGGUUGUUUACAAAGGCUGUUGACCAUAAAUUCACAUCCAUUUUAAAACUAAAUAUGUUUGUCUGGUCAUUUACUGUGAUUUUACUGUGAGUCUUUAUUUUAUUAAAAUGUUUCAACUGUGUAAAGCCAUUGUUCACGAUUGGAGAUUGCUACAAAUAUGUUUUAAACACCACAAGUUAAAUGUGUUUGUGGCCUUGACAUCGACCCUGUAUGGCUGCUAUUGAGGUCACGUGACGUUUUUUUUUUUUCUUUUAAAGAUUUCUGCAUGGGAAAGAACGCUUUGAGGUAUUGACUUUAUAUUCAAUUGUCAUGUUCUGUUUCAAAAAUGUGUUUUUUGCAUUUUAGCUUUAUCUUUAAUAUCAGUACAUUUCAAAUAAACAUGUAACAAGGGAUCUUUUAAGAGUGUAAAAGCAAAAUUCUGAUUAUUUCUUUUCUGAAUAGGUUUUUUGAUUUAACAUAUUUUUACAAAUGCCUUGGAAAAUAAGCACGUAUGUUGUAAAGUAGAUUUGUUCUCUUGUUGUUUGAGCUUGCUGUGCUACAUUUAAGGCUGCUUUAUUAAGUGUCAUUGAUUUCCACAGUAAACCAGUAUGUCACCCUGCCUGAAGGUAUAGUAUAUUUACUAUCCCAAAGUACAAUUUCUUUAAAUUGUUGUGUAUGUGAAUCUUUGUAAUGGUCAUGGCUAUCUGGUACAUUGUAAGCAAGCACUGUAAAGCAGAGUGCUUCAAGGUCUUGAUCCCUCUGCUCAUCAUUCUUGAUUUUGGGUUCCAAGAUCCAUACAUUUUCCCAUAUCUCGAAAGACAAGACAAACACAGUAAUAUCAUAAGAAAGAAAAACUGCACACAUGAAUGCUUCCAAAAGUGUAAUGUCUUAUUCACUCACUAGUCGCACAUAAUAGCAAUAUUCUGCAUUUGUAAACAGAUUAAUCAGGCCUCUCAUUCUAAACAACUCUUGCAUGGAACACUGAAGGAAAAAAAAAAAAACAUAAUCUAUAUAUGAUGCUAUUAAUAAAGAGGGGUAUUUAGAUCUGCAGAUCUUUUGUGUAAUAGUGAUAUGUGUUUUAUAUGCUCAUCCUCAACUUCAGCAGAA